ACGAUGCAGUCAAUGCAAUGCAGAGCCUAUAUUGUGAUCUUGGAUUAAAACAUGACAAUUCAUGUCCCAUUGAUGGUGGUUGGACUUCUUGGAGCUCUUGGGGUCCUUGUUCUGGGAAAUGUGGAUUUAAAGGGAGAAGGAGGAGGCAUCGUACUUGUGAUAAUCCUGCACCUUCCAAUAAUGGAGCUUCUUGCAUUGGUCCCAGUUAUCAAAUUGAAAGUUGUCAGAUUACUGGAUGUACAAUGACUGAUUAUGAGAAGGUUGUAAAUGUUCAUCCUACACGUAAAGGAGAACUGAAGAUUGUGCAGGAAUUUCACAAGAAAUUACCAGCUUUGAUAGAAUUGUGUUUUCUUGUAGAUUGUACAUUUUCCAUUAUUGAGAAGAUUCUUGAAAACAAUACGGUUAUGAACACAAAAUUUACAAUUUUCAAAGAAAUAGUCUUAUAGUAAUAUUUUCAUACACUUUACAUAUAUAUAUAUAUAUAUAUAGAUACUCUAC